AUGGGGUGUUGCAGUGGCAGGUGUACCUUGGCCUUCACUUGUGGCAUGCAGCUGGUCAGUGUGUUGGAGCGUCAGGUGAUCGAUUUCCUCGGCUACCAGUGGGCUCCCAUCCUGACCAACUUCAUCCACAUCAUCAUCGUCAUCCUGGGACUGUUUGGUACCAUUCAGUUCAGACCUCGAUAUGUCACUGGGUAUGCAGCGUGGCUGGUUGUGUGGAUGACCUGGAAUGUCUUCAUCAUCUGCUUUUAUCUGGAGGUUGGAGACUUGUCCAAAGACUCUGACCUUGUCCUGACAUUCAACCUAUCCAUGCAUCGUUCCUGGUGGAUGGAGAAUGGCCCAGGGUGCAGGGUGACACCCAUCACCCCUCCUCCCUCCUGGGCUCCAGAGGACCACCGAUAUAUAUCUAUAUCUGGUUGCCUGAUGGAUUAUCAGUUCAUAGAGGUGGCUCAUUCCUCUCUGCAGAUUCUGCUGGCGUUGGUGGGAUUUAUCUAUGCCUGCUAUGUGGUCAAGCUGAUUUCAGAAGAAGAAGACAGCUUUGAUUUUAUAGGAGGCUUUGAUUCCUAUGGUUACCAGGGGCCUCAGAAGACCUCCCAUCUUCAGCUUCAGCCUAUGUACAUGUGA